GUUACUUAUCAAAAAUUUGAGAGACUUUUUCUACCCCGACUUCGUUUGUAAACAAACGAGUUUUUUCCCACUUUAUUCUGUCAGCAUAUACACACGGCUGAUAGUAUAAACGGAUUAUUCACUGCCUAUUAAUAGGCAACCAAUAAUACAUUAUGAUGUAUAUAAAACUACAUAUACGCUGAUAGUUAACACCUAAAUACAAACUUCAAACCGAACACUCUUGAGUACAAGGGUGUUAAGCAUGGCAUCCAAGAACCCUACUGAACACAAUACAACAAUGUCGAAAAACACUGAACAUACAAUGAGCUCCCAAUCCUACGUAACUGCUGCUAAAACAAUUCCAAAAAUCAAUUUUCCUAAAAGAGAACAAGCUAUAGUGCUACAUGCGGAGGACAACCUGAAACUAUUCGACUACGUCCAGGCUAUAGGUAACAUUAUCCAACCGAAAAAUAUCUGUUUCGCUUCCAGAAUAUCUAACAACAGGAUCUGCGUAUACCUAGCCAAUAUAGAACUAGUAGACCAACUUAUCAAAACCCACCCAACUGUGACUAUAGGUGACACAAAUUUGAAUGUAAGAAGGCUAGUUUCACCAACAAAGAGGAUUGUGAUUUCGAAUAUUUCACCAUGCAUCCCACACGAUCUCGUAACAGAAGUCUUAACUGACAUCGGACUACAAUUGGCUUCCCCCGUUUCAUUCUUGAAAGCUGGUAUACCUGGAGAUGAGUACUCCCAUAUACUCAGUUUCCGAAGACAAAAUGGAGUGCUUUAUUUGCCGCCAAACUGGCCACGUAGCAUCAACCUGCCCUAACCCUCAAACAGUUCAAGUACAUAACACCCAACCACAAACACAAGCCCCAACAAACUAUGUUCAAGCUCAUCAUCCGUCCUCUACGAUACCACAAGCGGGUGAGAUUCCUGCUCCCAAGAGAGGACUCUCAGAGAUCCUGUCAUCUAGUGAUCAAACCAGUCAACAAGAACCUACCACCGGGUCUGACCCUGUAAGUGAGAAUUACAUGCCGCCCCCACAAACUCCAACGAAAAGGAUUCCCGAUAACAAAAGAGUCAGGAAGAAGCGCAAAAUAGAGGUACCUGAGGACCACGCCCUGAGCGACUCCACCAAAACUGCAAUUUCAACUGCUUAUCAAGAAAACCCAGAAUCCUUCCAUAUA